AGCUGAAUGCGGAGAAGGAAAUGGCGACCCAGGAUCAAAACAGUCUCGAAAGCGAGCAUAUAUCGUUACUGCACGAGAAGAUACUACAGGAAAACAACCACUUCUCUCUCACACAACUGUCGCAACGGAUGAACGAUGGUCAGAAUGAUCAGACACGACCUCGUCACACGUCAAACACAAAGAUCCAGCGAAUGAAGCCUUCAUCCACCGCUCCUGCUGCGCCUACCCUGUCCGACAUGGACUCGACCGACCAACAGCAUGCCACGCCCUCGCUAGUAAAGCACACGACUUUCCACGGUUUUCCUCUUCCUCUCGACCUCGAUGGCGACACACAGCCAAUGCCUUCGCAGUUCUACAAAAACUUCACUAGCGGUCUUGGAACAGAGGAAGACACUCAAUUCGGAGACGAGACGGCGCCUGAGACAGAGCAAGAGACGCCACAGAUCCAUCUGAUGCAACACUGGCAAGAGCCAAAAUACCAUGAACUUUCGAGUGACGACGAGGAGGAAAAGGACGAGGGUCAAUACUUCCUCAGCUCUGUUGCGAGACCUGCCUUUCCGAAAACACCUGCGACCGCCGGCCACAAGCGCACUCACCGCGGUGAUGUUAUCCCCUCAACUACCAGCACGAAGACACCAGGCUCGGGCGGCAUGUCAGCUUUUGCGUUUGGCAAUGCUGCGCCUUUGACUAGCACUCAGCUCUUCCAAGCGACACAAGCUCCCUCAAGUCCAGUACCCGACGUCCCCAGAAGCGAUCCCGUCUUGAGUCGACCAAGCCCGAAUAUCAGACAGAGCUCACCUGGACAGAAUCUGGCAUACUCGUCUCCGCUCAAAGGUCUGGUGCAGAGUCCAAGUCGAUCUGUCAAUAUGGCAGGCAGGCUAAGCAGGCCAGGUACAAGAGAUGGACUUUUCCAAGGCAACACCGGCAUAUUGCAUGGUCUAGAAGACCGAGGUGAGAAUGAAUGGGAAUAUCACGAUCGUGAAGGAGUCAGUCUCGAAGACGACGAAGGCCACCUCGGUCCGGCUAGCGAGUCGAUGGAUGAGUACGAUGAGUUCGCUCAGUCAAUAAGAUUCAGUCAGAGACAAGCUUCUUCCUCACCACAGCCCGCCCAGCAGUCGGAUGAUGAGAACGAUGAUGUCGACUCCUCCAGCCGUACGUCGACGCACUCCAGUCAGCACGCUCUUGAGGCUGAAAUGCCGCAUGCGUCUGGACCUUCAGGUCGUCAGCAAAGUUCACAUCAACUGCCCACAACGCAAAUGUUAGGCCGAGAUGCAGAGAACGACGACUAUACUAUCGCCGAUUCGCAACCUACCAGACAAGAAGAGACUCAACUUCCGCCACCUUUGGUCGAACCCUCGUCCAUGUCGUCUUUCGUUCCUGGAUCAUACCCACUCAGCCAAACAACACAACGUCUGAACGUUCUCAAGCGCGAUGCCGCAGACUCGUCUUCCAUACCCAAACCACCUCCGACGACAAGUCAAAUUGCGCCUCAAACGCAGAACCGUCUACCGAGUAGUCCUCCUCAGCUUCCUGUCGCAUCUGAAGAGUCUGAACAAGGGGAGCCUCCGGAUUUGAACACACAAGCACAGACCGUCGAUGGCGGCGCACAUUCAGGUGCAUCCUCUCCACUACCAGAGACCCGACCUGCCCCGUCUCAGAGAACCAAGGAACUGAAACAAGAUAACCACCAGCAAAGCUCUAACGUUCCCGAUACUGAUCCAGCCGAUGAGGGCCGGUCCUCCAAUCAAACUACAGAGCCGGUCGCGGGACCGGAUAUCGUUGUUGCACAACAGCAAGUUUCGAAGUCCGUUACAAGUACGCAGAGCGAAGCUUCCCCCGUCGUUCCUUCCGUUUCCCAGUUCGACAAGCAUCGUGCUAGCCAACUGCAAACUCAAAGUCAAGUUCAAAACUCUCCAUCAAGUACUGAAAGUCCACGCAAGGCCGCAGGCAUUCUCAACUUCGCGGACAUUGCCACAGACUCUACUCCACCAGGCGCUUCUAGCAAGGACCUUGACCUGAACAUUGACAUACUCUCGAAUGACGAUCACGAUUUUAUGGACAUCAUGACAUCGCCACCUGCAAAGAAGAUGCGCUUGUAUGGCAAGAAAGGAAGAGGCUUGGAGAGGACAAGGUCGAAGAUGGAUGACAAGAGUCCUACCAAGCACAGGACUACCACGAACAGUCCAGACAAAACUGCAGCGAGGACUGUCACUUUUCAUGACGACGUUUCCGAGCCUGUCAUCACUUAUGCUGCGGAUGUCCCCGAGGUUGUCGUGCAGGAGCCGGAACCCUCGAAAGCAGCAGACCAUCAUGAAACGACGACCAAAGAGUCGCUUCAACCAGCGGCGGCAGGAUCGGGAAAGUCGCCCGAGGUAGCCUAUGAGCCUGCUGCAGAGGCUACAAAGACAAACACAACGCUACCGGACAGGUCCGCCGAAGCAAGGCAAGCCCAGGCGGUUGAAAAUGAGGAAGACGAGGAGACACAAGAAGAUGGUCUCCAUCCUCAAUCCAUUUCGAACCUUGAUCCAAAACUCCAAACUCCGCCGUCUGCAAGAAAACGAGAGCAAGCUGGUGCAUCGGCAGCGACAAAGGCUCGCGAAACAACGCUCGCUCGGCGAACACUCGAAACAAGAACUCCGAAUGUCAAGAGCAGCACAGGAAGACUCGUCCGACCAAAACGGAGGACAUCUGAACAGAGCCCUCUACGAACACCUAUCUCCAGGGGACAACAUGCUGAAGCGCCAAAGUCAAAGCUUUCUCACGUCCAGCGCGUCUCGCAAGAUCGCCCUCAGCAGGCAAGAUCGACUGUCCAAGAUGAAACUACCGCUUCCGUAGCUCCCGCACAAGAAGGAACUACCACUACUACCACUACUGAGCAUGCAGACAUACUCACGGAUGUGUCUAUGACUGACAUUGCUUCCGAACAGAACGAAGCUCAAGAGGAGAAUGUCGUAUCAGAGUCGGAGAUCACCCAACCAGACAGAGUACUGGCUCUGUUCAAAGGAACUGCACAAGCAUACUACCCGGCUACUUGCCUCGGUGCGGCUACGCUUGAUGGUCUUAAGCUCCGUAUUCGAUUCGAUGACGGUACAAUCACUCAACUAGAUUCUUAUCUCGUGCGACGUCUUGACCUGCGUCGCGGUGACCAGGUCAAAGUUGAUCUGCAAGGCAUGCGCAGCAAAGUGUAUGUUGUCGUCGGCUUCCAAGACAAAGUCGAAGACGUGCAACCUGAUUCUUAUCCUAAGACCGAUGUCCAUGGUUUCGAGACUCUACAGUUGGUGCCCAAAGAUAGAGACAGUGUCGCAGCGGUGCCCCGAGCCGACACUGCAGCAUUGAUCAAAGCACCUGUCACCAGCGCUUAUUUUACACAAACCAUGUGGGUCCGCUUCGAAGGCAGGGACUAUCUUCCUUCCACGGCAAGUAUGACGACUAUUGCGACCGGAUUCUCGUCUCGUCCACAGACGCCUGUGCCUCAGAACACUACUCUUGCCACACCAGCCUCGAGAUCUAGACGAGGUACGGUGACUUCUAUCCAUACAUCAACAAUCACCUCUGUGCGCUCAUUAGCACGGCCGGACUUUGCCUCACCUCUUCCAGCUGGCCGCGGUAUAUUCUCUGGUAUGGCUUUUGCAGUGUCAUACAGUGCGGAUUCGCCUGAGAAGAACCGUGUUCUCGAGCUCAUCCAAUUGCAAGGAGGCCUGACACUUGAGAAGGGCUUCGAUGAACUCUUUUCUGUCAAGGAUCUUGGUGACGCUUCUGAAGAGGCAGCCACGCCUUCAUCAACAGCGACGAACGAUACUGAUGCUUUGGUCUUGUCUGCUCGUGCUCAAACGCUAGGCUUCGUUGCCUUGAUCGCCGACAAGCAUUCCCGAAGGGCAAAGUAUGUACAAGCUCUUGCCCUCUCCUUGCCUUGUCUAUCGGGACGCUGGAUCCUUGACUCGGUCGCUUGUACGGCACCACUGCCCUGGACCAAAUAUCUCCUACCAGCUGGCGAGUCGGCGUUCCUCUCCGGAGCCGUACGCAGUCGCACCUUGACGUCUUACCUUCCGACCACUGUUAAGCUAGCACAAACAGUGCAAGAGCGCGAAAGGCUACUCCAAGGUGGACGAGUGCUUCUCGUCAGCGCAGGAGCCGGCGGCAGAAAGUGGGAAGCCAGGCGCGCAUACGCUUUCCUCACCGUUGCUCUCGGAGCUAGCGUCGUACGUAGAGUCUCUGGCCUAGAUUCUGCCAAACGCAUCCUCGACUCAGAAGAAGGAUGGGGUUGGGUAUAUGUGGAAGGCACUGUUGAAGAGGCAGAGACUGUCCUUUUCCGCGAUGGCAGUGUCGAGAGUACUGGAGCUGUAAAGAAAGGCAGAAAGAGAAAGAGAGAUGAAGAGGGGAAGGAAAAGAUGGUAGCAACUGGUCGUGAUGGCAAAGUCAGGAUUGUUGGUGAUGAGUUCGUGGUACAGAGUCUGAUUCUGGGAGACUUGAUGUUAUAAUGGUAAGGGAGCGCGCAGUUCAGGUAAAUGGUGGACUGGACAAGUAGCCUCACUAAAGGCAGGACAUUGGACUAACGGGCCUCAUAAAUGGCAUGACGAAUAAUAUUAGCUUCUAAAGGAUGUCUUGCAUCACAACCUCCGACUUUUGCUGGAUCCAAGCUGGCAGAACACGCAUGGAUAAGGUCCCCAC